AGCCACCAUCGAAGCAACUCCCAUUGCGCGCGGCGUCCUGCGCGUUGUUUUGCUUCAAUUGUUACAGAGUAACAGCUCCUGAACUGCCGCUGUACGCGUGUACACGCGUGCUUUGAAACCGCUGCUGAACUACACCACUGACAAGCAAAACAGGAUGCUCUCCGCCCUGCACCGCACCUACGAGGCCUCGCCCGAUGAAAAGAUAAACACAGCGAUAGAAGUAGGCUUCGCCGCCGCCAGCGCAAUCAUCAUAGCACUCUUAGUCGCCACAGCUUUGAUGGAGGACGCGCCGCCGGGCUACGACGCCAUGGUAGACUUCUACGCCGCCUGCGAGAGCCACGCCUUCCCUAUAAUCGGGAUCACUGAUACCAUCACAUGGCUCCGCUUCUCGACCAUGGACUUCUUCGGGAGCACGGUGUGCUGCUGCGCGUUCCGGGCGAGAUUAGAACAGAACAAGCAAAAGACGCCCUGGUUCCUGGCGCUAGCGUGCUGCUGCCUCAUGCAGUUCGGCGGCACGACGCUCGUCGGCCUUUUAUUAGGCCAGCCCGCGUCCUGGACGACGUCGCCGACGGCGUGCCGCAGUCUGCUAUUAGCUUUUUGGUUGAGUGUGAGCUGCCCCUUGGACUUAUUCUAUCGUAUGUACCAGCACAAAAUCAUAAAAUCAAUGAUUGCGAUUGGUGCUGCGCUCAGCACGGGCCACGCCGUGACGUCGUGGGGCGCCGACAAGGCCAUAAGCGCGAUCCACCCGAAGCCGCGUUCUUCGGUGUUCAGUACAUUGAUGGCCGGGGCCUUCGGCGCGUCGGGCGGCGGGUUGUCUGUGCACGCUUUAGAUUUGUGGGGCGAGCGGCGGCGCGGCAAGGAGCGGAGCUACGCCGCGUUUUUGUUUGGGGCCGUCGCGUCCGUUUCUUAUUAUCUGAUGCGCAACCCCCACGGCGUGUUUGAGUAUGAGCCGCUGGCGCCGGGCCGCGCGCGGUUGAUUAUAGGCGCGCUCUCUUUAUUGUCGAACGCGGCGCCGGCGGUCCUGGGCGGCCAUAUAGCAGCGGCGACGCCGCCGCGCGUCGCCGAGGCGGCGGUGCGUUUGAUGUUGCGGCUGCCGGCGCACUGCGGCGCCGCGCCGCCGCGCGCGCCCUCGACGCGCGCGACGAAGCGCGACUAGAAGUCUA